CCAGUUCUUUCCAGAGGUGGAAAAAGCGUUAUUUCAAACUUCGAGGUCGUACCCUGUACUAUGCUAAGGAUUCAAAGUCUCUAAUAUUUGAUGAAGUUGACCUGUCAGAUGCCAGUGUAGCUGAAUCAAGCACAAAAAAUGUCAACAACAGCUUCACGAUAAUCACUCCAUUUAGGAGGCUAAUAUUGUGUGCUGAAAACAGAAAAGAAAUGGAGGACUGGAUAAGCUCUCUAAAGUCUGUACAGUCUAGAGAACACUAUGAGACCGCACAGUUUAAUGUGGAACAUUUCUCAGGGAUGCAUAACUGGUACGCCUGCUCCCAUGCCCGACCUACCUUCUGUAACGUGUGUAGGGAGAGCCUCUCUGGAGUCACCUCUCAUGGCCUGUCUUGUGAAGUGUGUAAAUUUAAAGCACAUAAAAGAUGUGCUGUCAGAGCAACAAAUAACUGCAAGUGGACUACAUUAGCCUCAAUUGGAAAAGAUAUCAUUGAAGAUGAAGAUGGUAUAGCUAUGCCUCAUCAGUGGUUAGAGGGUAAUUUACCUGUCAGUGCCAAAUGCGCGGUCUGCGACAAGACCUGCGGCAGUGUUUUACGCCUGCAAGAUUGGAAGUGCCUUUGGUGUAAAGCUAUGGUUCACACUGCCUGUAAAGAUCUCUAUCCUCGUAAAUGUCCACUUGGCCAAUGUAAGGUAUCGAUCAUACCUCCAACAGCAUUAAACAGUAUAGACUCUGAUGGUUUCUGGAAAGCCACAUGCCCGCCAUCCUGUGCCAGUCCUCUUUUAGUUUUUGUUAACUCAAAGAGUGGAGACAAUCAGGGAGUAAAGUUUCUUCGUCGAUUCAAACAGUCGUUAAAUCCAGCUCAGGUGUUCGAUUUAAUGAAUGGAGGACCUCACUUAGGUUUACGAUUAUUUCAGAAAUUUGACAACUUCCGGAUUCUUGUAUGCGGCGGAGAUGGAAGCGUUGGCUGGGUGUUGUCCGAAAUUGAUAAACUCAGCUUGCACAAACAGUGUCAGUUAGGAGUGCUACCCCUUGGUACUGGGAAUGACCUUGCUCGUGUCCUUGGUUGGGGAGGAUCCUGUGAUGAUGAUACGCAACUUCCUCAGAUUUUGGAAAAAUUAGAACGAGCCAGCACAAAAAUGUUAGACAGGUGGAGUAUAAUGUCAUAUGAACUAAAAUUACCCACGAAGCCUUCUAUUCUUCCAGUCACUGCAGAAGAAGAGUCAGAGGAAUGCCAGAUAUCUGCUUAUGAGGAUUCAGUUGCUGCUCAUCUUGCAAAAAUCCUCAAUUCUGAUCAGCACUCAGUUGUCAUAUCAUCUGCCAAAAUAUUAUGUGAAACUGUAAAGGACUUUGUUGCCAAAAUAGGGAAGACUUACGAAAAACCGAUGGAAAAUGCAGAAGAAGCUGAUGCCAUGGCCACUAAAUGUUCAGAGUUAAAUGAGAAGCUAGACCUACUGCUCCAAGCUCUCCACUCCGAAGCCCAGGCUGCUCCUGUUCUCCCAGGGAUCACUCCCCCCAUCGUGGAAGAAGAAGCUGAGGAGUUUUCCAGUGAAGAAUCCUUAUCUGAAAGUAAAGAGCAGUUAGCAGAGUGUGUUGCAAAGUCUUCCAGCCAGAAACUCUUCAAACCAAGAGAACAGCUCAUGCUGCGGGCAAACAGUUUAAAGAAGGCUGUGAGGCAGAUCAUUGAACAAGCAGAAAAAGUUGUGGAUGAGCAGAAUGCUCACAGUGAAGAACAAGUGAACCAGUCCCCUCUAGAAUACAGCAAAGAAUUGGAUGAAUCAAAAGAAGAGGAAAAAGAGGAAGAUACAAAGGAAUUUGAGUCUCAGUCAGUUAAAACUGCGCCAAGAUCUCCAGAUCGACGAGCAAGUCGAGGUAUCCAUUCUCAGACAGGCUCCUUCUCUGCUCCAGCUUUGGCUGCCAGCAAAGAAAACCUCCCUGUGCUUAACACUAGGAUUAUCUGCCCAGGCUUAAGGGCGGGACUAGCUGCUUCUAUUGCAGGAAGUUCGAUUAUUAGCAAAAUGUUACUAGCAAACAUCGAUCCAUUUGGUGCUACACCGUUUAUUGACCCGGAUCCAGAUUCACUGGAGGGAUAUGCAGAAAAAUGUGUCAUGAAUAACUACUUUGGAAUUGGAUUAGAUGCAAAAAUUUCACUUGAAUUUAAUAACAAGCGAGAAGAGCAUCCUGAAAAAUGCAGAAGUCGGACGAAAAACAUGAUGUGGUAUGGAGUUCUUGGUACAAAAGAAUUACUGCAGAGGACUUACAAGAACUUAGAACAAAAAGUUCAACUUGAGUGUGACGGACAGUACAUCCCCCUUCCAAGUCUGCAGGGCAUAGCUGUGCUAAACAUUCCCAGCUACGCUGGUGGGACUAACUUCUGGGGUGGAACCAAAGAAGAUGAUAUAUUUGGAGCCCCAUCAUUUGAUGAUAAAAUCUUAGAAGUUGUUGCAGUAUUUGGCAGCAUGCAGAUGGCAGUUUCAAGAGUCAUCAAACUACAGCACCACAGGAUCGCUCAGUGUCGGUCAGUAAAGAUCACCAUACUUGGUGAUGAAGGGGUUCCAGUGCAAGUGGAUGGAGAGGCAUGGAUCCAGCCCCCCGGUGUUAUAAAAAUUAUACAUAAAAACAGAGCUCAGAUGCUAACACGAGACAGAGCUUUUGAAAACACCCUGAAGUCUUGGGAAGACAAACAGAAGUAUGAUUCCUGUAAACCUGUCAUUCGAUCUCCCUUGUACCCUCAACAGGCUGUUGAGUUGGCUACAGAAGAGGAAGUUGCACAGAUCCAGCUGUGCUCUCAAGCUGCAGAAGAGCUUAUUACCAGAAUCUGUGAAGCAGCAAAAGUACAUGGCCUCUUGGAGCAGGAGCUUGCUCAUGCUGUCAAUGCAUGUUCUCAUGCAUUAAAUAAAGCCAACCCAAGGUUUCCUGAGAGUCUUACCAGAAACACUGCCAUGGAGAUAGCUGUCAACGUGAAGGCCCUACAUAAUGAAACUGAAUCUCUGCUAGUAGGAAGAGUUCCUUUGCAGUUAGAAGCUCCCCAUGAAGAGCUGUUGUCUGAUGCUUUGCACAGUGUGGAAAUAGAGUUGAGAAAGCUUGCUGAGAUUCCUUGGCUUUAUUAUGUUUUUCAACCAAAUGAUGAUGAGGAUCCCCCUCUGGAUUAUGCUAAGAGAAACAACAGAAGUACAGUGUUUCGCAUAGUGCCAAAGUUUAAAAAAGAAAAAGUCCAGAAGCAUAAGACCAGCCCUCAGCCUGGACCUGGGGAUAACGAAAGUGGGUCAUAUGAAGCGAAUUCUCCAGGGAAUUAAAGAGCUCGGCAAGAACACCCCUUUGUCUGAAGUGUAAUUAUGCUGGUGUUCCCUCUCUAGAGAGAGAGGGGAAGUUGCUGGAGAAGCAAAGCUGUUGCAGGCACUUUGCUGUUUUUGUAGUUUACUGUACGGAAGAAAAAGCACUGGUAUGUUUGUACAGGCUAAUUAAUAUCUCUGAAUUCGUGUCUGGUGAAGAGCCUGUUGCAAGAGGGUGAAAGGUUUUGUGCCAAAAAAAAGGAAAAGGUUCCGUGAAGAUGUUUUCUCGGUGUACAAACUUGAGCGGUUCAGAUUAAGCACAUUUGGGUAAACUGGUUGGUAUAUGGUGAACUGCACUGACUGGAAAAUAUAACUAAGAAAUGAUUGCUUUGCUUACAUGCAGCUCAGUAUGCCUCUCCUUACAACGCAGCAAGAUGAUCAGUGUACUGCGUGAGGUUAUCUGGUCGUCCUCCCGAGGCAUAGCUGCCGUAAAGCCUCUGGUGCAGGGGACCGAGAGCUGGCUCUUCCAGGGUUGAACACGUGAGACUAGCGAUGCCUCAGGUACCUAGCGCUCACUGGCCACGCAGAACGGCGACAGAUACCUUGUUAAUGCCAUGAAUGCAAACUAUAAUGCAUGGUGUGCCUGCCUGACCUGUCUGUUGUUCUGUUGCAUGACACGUCUGAUACUUUAAACACUUGAACAACUUUUUAUAUCUGUUUGAAUGAGAUUUAAUU